AUGCAAGAGUCCGUCGUCCAGGUGUCGCGCGUCACGAAAAUCACCAAGGGCGGGUCGCAGAUGAGCUUCCGCGCCACCGUGGUCGUGGGCGACGGCAAGGGUUUGGUUGGCGUCGGGUGCCAGAAGGCGAAGGAGGUGCAAAUCGCGGUGACGAAGGCGGCGAGCGAUGCGCGAAAGAGCGCGAAGCGAGCGCCGAUAACUAAAGGGGACACGUUCCCGCAUCGAGUGACGGUGAAGGGGAAGGGCGGCGCGGUGGUGAUGCUGCGCCCGGCGAGCCCGGGGACGGGGGUCAUCGCGGGGGGCGCGUGCCGCACGGUUUUGGAGCUGGCGGGCUAUAAGAAUUGCUUCGCGAAACAGCUCGGAAGCUCGAACCCGUUGAAUAAUGCGCGGGCGGUCGUUGCGGGGUUGAACGAGAUGCGAACGUUCAAGGAAGUGGCCAAGAUGCGGGACAUGACUUUGGAGGAGUUGUUCUCGGCGUAG